GAAUGAAUCGAAAGGGAAGUUGGACUAUUGUUCCUGCCGGCUCCUCUCUUUACAGGCAUUGACAGAAGGGGCUGUUUACAUGGGCCUUUUUUUUCUUCCUGUUGUUUGCUUAUGGAAAAUAAGGGGGAGUGACAGAAGAAGGGAAAGCAGAGAGGGAGGCACUGACCACAGCGCAGAGGCAGAAACCUUGCCUCUUGCGAUCAUUAACCUUGCUGGGAACGGGCAGCUCUUUUCUCCCGCUUGCAAUUCGCCUGUGAGCAGAGACCCGGCAGGAGAGAAACGCCAGGCGCCUUCCAGGACAGGGAUCUCUCAUCUGCGGCGAGGAGAAAGAGUGGAUCCACUCGGCUGUGCGCCCCUGCAACAUGAGGAUCCAGUGGCUCAUUUGGACCUGCUUUUGGAUCAUGACUGGAGUGCUCCUUGUCAACGGACAGAGGCCAGCUAACCUGUCCUUCAGAAGAAAACUCCACCGACAUAACUGUUCCCACAGGAGAUGCAUGCCCCUGCAUUCCAGAGUGCCCUUUCCGUGAGUUUCUGUCCACUGCUGGGAAGAGGAGGAGCCAAGUGGAAGAGACCAAAUGACAGAAUUUGAUAGCUUAGCAGUUGUAAUCUAUGCAGGUGUCCUAUAAGCCAUCAUCAGGAAGCAUUAAAAAAGCCUUAUCAAGAAGGCUUUGGAAGAGCUUCACAGGAGUUUUGGGUUUCUCUAAGCACAGAGAAAACAAUGAAGAAUUAAGUGAUCUUGUCUGGAAGGUCUGGAAAAUCGUCAGUGCAAUACGAUACCAUUCUCUACACAUCAGUACAGCAUUCUAGGCGAUAAAAAGCAAAUUUUGAACAAAUAUAGGAUAAUUUAAAGAACUAUUGGUAUACUAAUAGUGUUGUAUUCAUGUGUGUGUGUAUAUAUAUAUAUCUUUCACUCAGUUAAGACUAACACCAACUUCACAGUCUAGCACAGUAAAAUAUGAAGGAAUUGUUCAAUAAAUAAUGCAGGUAUUGCUUCAUGUUUAGAAUGUAUAGUGAUGUUUUAAGCUUUCAUUAUUCAAAUAACUUUGCCAUUAUCAUAAGACCAGAAUAAUAUCUAUUGGCUUGGCUGGGUACCUGCUUGUUUCCAGCAGAAAGUUCUUAAAUACUGAUUAACUUCCAAUGUAACAUCUUAAUGUUGGAACCUUACUUUGGAAUUCUGUUUAUACUGAUGUCCCAAGUAAAGCCAUGCUGAUAAAGGCUUUGAUGUUAGCAAAAAGUUCACCUUUGUCUUCUUCAGAAGUAAUCCUGGGUGUGUUUGUGCUAAACUUAAUAUGUUUACAACUGUAUUCUGAGAGUCAAUUAUUUCUUUAUGGCAUGUUUGUAACUGUAUGCUGUAAAAAUUAUACAUCAAAUAGCAUUGUCAUUUUAAAUAAUCUUUGUAUGAUUUUUUUUAAAAAACUUGUAUUCUGUUCAUGGAUACUAUGUACAUUCAAAGACAAGUGAAGCAUUUGGCUAAUUUGUUUGUAAAUUUCAUAAGGAAUUUGUAUUCAAUUUAUUGUGGAGUUAAAUAAAAUACCAUUUCAAUCAUG